ACUACGUUGUUCACAACUAAGCUUAAAAAAAUUAUUAAAAGAAGAAUAUUACUGCAGCAAAGGCCAAGACAUAUUGAAAAGUAUAACGGCUGAGCUGCAGACAGUAUUACGUAAAUAAAGAUUUGAAGGAAUUGUUAACAUACCAGUAAUGGAUUUCGUGACCACACCAAUGAUGCUGUUACUGUCGAUACUGCUCCUAUUGAGGCAACAAGAUAUGAAUUGGAAUCAGAUAACUUGUACUCCGUUUCCUGGUAUAAGGAUAAUGAACACAUUUACAGCUUUUCAAGGAAGGAGAUGAAAAAGCAGGUUUUCUCAGCAGAGGGCGUCAAGAUUGAUCCACACAAAUCAAACAGCCAAGCGCUUCAGCUCCAAAGUGUAAGCCUAAAUUCAACAGGCUAUUAUAUAUGUGAGGUGAACACCGAUAGUCCGCCAUUUAAAGCAGUGAAGGGGGAAGCAUACAUGGAAGUUAUAGAGCCUCCUCGAGAUGAGCCAAAGAUUACCGGAGAGGAAAAGAUUUACGCCACCGGCGAUAUUCUCGCCCUGAAUUGCACUAGCGGCUUCUCAUAUCCAGCAGCUCGGUUACAGUGGUUCAUCAACAAUGUUCCGAUUGAUCCAGAUUCAGAAGUAUUACAUUUAUCAUCUCGUGGCCUUCACAGUACUCGCUCAAGUUUACGACUCGAACUUUAUCCACUUCAUAUAGCUGACGGUAGAAUAGAAGUCAAGUGUGUAUCUCUAGUAACAACGUCACCUUUAGUCAGAACACCUUUUGUGGAUACACGGACAACUAAAAUUUACGUUCAAGGUCACGGGAAUUUAUUAUCAGCAUCGCUAUCGUUAUUGCUGAUCAACUUACUACAACAUCUUCUGUUGAAAAGGGAUUAAAAUAUCACAGCGAUGUUAAAUUUUUUCGAAGUGAUGGAUUGUUCCGAUUUCCAC